AUGUUUCAGCAAGGCUCGAGUUAUCUUGCUGCUGCGACAUACCCUUACCCAGACACGAUUGAUCAGGAUAUCAUCGCUUCGAGACAGGCUUUGCAAUCUACUGCUAGAACAAUAAGUGCUGAGUCCAGCUCCCGCCUGGCCAGCAUGGCUCAUCACUCGCCAGAACAUACCAUGCAGGCCCUAUCAAACAGACACGAACUGCACCGGAAUGCUUCGAUAAGUGCUGCUGAGCUGUCUCACCCAGCCUACUCUUCACCAAAUACCCCAUUUUAUCACCAACAGGCUACGUAUCAGCCGGUUUCUGUCCCUGCUACCACUAUGGCUGCACCUUCGUACUUCCCAAAAUACCAGCAGGCAGAAUACUCUCAGGGGCCAAUUGUCUCGUCAAACUACGUGUACUCCUCUGUUGAGCAGCCAUUAUCAUCCUACGGCCAGUACCAGAUGACACCAGAUGGUUAUUACGACACCUACUUACCUACGUCAACCAUGCCCAUGGCCUACGCUCAACAAGACGUAGACAUGACCUCAUCAACUUACGACGCCACGCCACUUUCACACGCCCACCUCUCUCUACCAGCAAUGGAAAGCAAUACCGCCUUUUCCACUCCUGAUUUGCCUGCCAACCAACAAUUCCCUGAGCCAAAAACUCCGCCACCACCAACCUCGUCAAACUCUUCUGGCGAAAGUGUCCGAGACGAAGACGAUCUUGUCGGCGUUGGACUUUAUGACGAACCACUGGACACCUCUUACUGGGACGAAUCACUAUCCAGCUCGGUUGAUCCGAUCUUGUACCCUUAUCCACCCACACGCAAGGGUUUGAAGCUAGAAGAGACUCUCGACCCAUCAACUCUAAACUGCAGCGAUAUGGAUGCAGAUGGCGAUGAGGAGGAAGAAGAGGACGAGCAACCACGUAUGGAGCCGUCCGUAAAGGACUCGGAUGAAUCCAACAGUGCAGGGGGACAAUUGUUUCAGGUGGACGAGGAUGCUUCAUACAACAGCGCCCAAGUGAGCUGGACGGCAGCGCCGCCAGUUAUGCUCAAUAGUUACGCUGCAUUCCCUGGAUCGUACCAAAACGUCUAUCCUACUAUGUAUUGA